UUUUCUUCUUCUCCUUCUCCUAUAGUCUCCAUAGGCAAAAUUUAAGGUUUAUUUCUUCAAUCCCUUUAAAAAGAACAACUCCUCUCUUUCACUCUUUCAAAACACUCAUCUCUCUCUUUCUCCACAAACUUAUAUAUAUACACAUACAUAUCUAUAUAGCUAGGUUUGUUAGUUUUAUUUUUUCUACAUAAUCACCAUAGAAAUCAAAUCUUAUAUUGAUCAAAAGUAUAGUAUAGUGAUCAUCAUCAUCAUCAUCAUCAUCAAGAUCAAGAUCAAGAUCAAGAUGGGAGUUCCUCAAUCUCCAACCCCACCUCAUCUUUAUCCACAGGCUCUUCAACUCAAGCUUUAUCAAGCCUUCAUAUUCUCAAUCCCUAUUCUCUUCUCCAUCAUACUCUUUCUCUUGUUUUACUUGUUCUAUCUCAAAAGAAGAGCUUCCAAUAAUAAUAACAACAACAAUAAUAAUACUAAUCCUUCUCCUCUUCAUUCACGUCCAAUAAGAUCUCACCAAACUUAUAUUUCCUCACCAUGUCAUCGGUUGGAUUUGAAGGUGGAGCUCAAAGAUGACCUUCCAAUAAUUCUAUUUGAUGAAGAAUUGAGGAAAAAGGAUUCUCAAUGUUGUGUUUGCUUGGGAGACUAUAUAAUGAAAGAAGAGUUACUCCAAGUCCCUUCAUGCAAGCACGUUUUCCACAUAGAUUGCAUACAUCUCUGGCUCCACACAAACACAACUUGCCCACUUUGUAGAUGCUCAGUCUUUCCGGCCACCGCCACACCUCCCAAACUCACCAGCAACCCUAAUCCGUCGGCCGCCACCGCCUCGGCCGAGCCGCUCCCACCGCAGCCGGUUUCCAAUCAGACUCCUCCUCCACAAGUGAUUCAAGUGUCACUAGAAGUACAACACAAUCCACAACAAGAAGAGCAACCUAUUAUUGAUAGAAGUGGGAUCACUACUACUACUACUACAAAUACAAAUGAGAAUAGUAAUAAUAACAAUAUGGAACGUUAUUUUGACUCAGGAUCAGUUGUUAUCUAUAUCCAAACACAUGGUACAUCUAUACAUGAACAACAGCCAAAUACUAGUUAAUAAUAUCAUAUUGGUUUUGUGGAGGAGCA